AUGGCGUCUUUGGGACCGAAGCUGCUGCUGCAAUUUAGCUAAAAUCUGUCGACCGUCUGUAAAUCGAAAUGGAGAAAAAUGCAGCCCUGCAUCGAGACAUUGACGGGAGCUCUUUGUGUGCCACGAUUGCGGGAGAGAUGGGCGAUGUUACGGCUGUCGGCGGAGUGAAAGGAACAGUCGAGAAAUGCAAGAAUAGUGAGGCUUCUCUCAGUACUUUGGUUAACGUUAGUUGUAAUAACAGCACCACAAAUGUUAGUGCUCCCAUCGCCGUUAAUGUCAUAGCCAGUGACGGGAAGUCUGACGUGCCAGAAGUGAUCGAAGUCCUCCCCGUGCAGGAGGAUAAGAAGAAGGACACGGCGGCGAGCGGAUCGUGGUCGGGGUCCGGGGAUCAGAUCAUUAACGGGAUGGGGCAUGACUCGGUGCUGGCUGCAGAAGAUAGCGAGGGUGGUGCCUCAAAGUUAGUAAACAACAAAACCGACGGCCCGUCCUCACCUCCUGCGAAGGAGAGCGCGGAUAUGCAGGCUGAGGUUGUGGCUUGUGCAGAAAGUGAACCGACAAAACUUGCCAAACCGACUCAUCUGUGUUCGGACAAUGCAAUCGCAGCAAGCGUCAAGCCGGAGCUGUCCGGUGAUCACACCUUAUCGGAGGGAUUGCCGAGUGGGAGUGACCCCGAUCCCAGCCUUGGUGGAGAGUCCCGAAGCAUAGAUUCUCUCGAGUCCUUCUCCAACCUAAACUCCUGCCCCAGCUCCGAUCUGAACAGCGAUGGGCUGGAGGACAGAGGACUGGCCCUGGCCCUGCAGAGCGAGUACGGGGCUGAUGGGACAAAGACUUCGUGCGCUAAGGACCGGGCCGCCGGCCAGUCCAUAUACCACAUUAAGUGGAUCAAGUGGAGGGAGGAGAAUACGCCGAUCAUCACCCAGAACGAGAACGGCCCCUGUCCAUUACUGGCAAUUAUGAAUGUCCUUCUGCUUGCAUGGAAGGUUAAGAUGCCGCCUAUGAUGGAAAUUAUAACCGCUGAGCAGCUGAUGGAGUAUCUUGGAGACUACAUUCUGGAAACCAAGCCUAAAGAGAUAUCGGAGGCUCAGCGGCUAAACUACGAGCAGAACAUGAGUGAUGCCAUGGCCGUGUUGCACAAGCUGCAGACAGGUCUGGAUGUGAACGUGAAGUUCACAGGGGUGCGAGUCUUUGAGUACACCCCAGAGUGCAUCGUGUUUGAUCUGCUGGACAUCCCUCUCUACCAUGGCUGGCUGGUUGACCCCCAGAUGCAUGACAUUGUCAAGGCAGUGGGCAACUGCAGCUACAACCAGCUGGUAGAGAAGAUAAUAUCCUGCAAACAGUCAGACAACAGUGAGCUGGCAGGGGAAGGCAUCGUGGCAGAGCAGUUCCUGAACAGCACGGCCACUCAGCUGACGUACCACGGCUUAUGUGAGCUCACGUCCACCGUGCAGGAGGGGGAGCUCUGCGUCUUUUUCAGGAACAACCACUUCAGCACCAUGAUCAAGUACAAGGGCCAGCUGUACCUCCUGGUUACAGACCAAGGCUUCCUGACAGAAGAGAAGGUCGUCUGGGAGAGUCUGCACAAUGUCGACGGAGACGGCAACUUCUGUGACUCCGAGUUCCGGUUACGGCCCCCGUCUGAUCCAGAGACGGUGUACCGGGGCCAGCAGGAUCAGAUAGACCAGGACUAUCUGAUGGCGCUGUCACUGCAGCAGGAGCAGCAAAGCCAGGACCUACAGUGGGAGCAGCUCCCCGAGGGCAUCAGCGACCUGGAGCUGGCAAAAAAGCUCCAGGAGGAGGAGGACCGACGAGCCUCCCAGUACUACCAGGAGCAGGAGCAGGAGCAGGCGGCGGCGGCGGCGGCGGUAGCAGCAGCGCAGGCACAGCAGGGCCAGCAGGAGCCUGCCGAGGGAGACGAGGCGGACAGAGGAGGUGCGGGAGCAGGCGGAGCAGCAGCCGGCGCUGGGACGGCAGCAGCAGCCGGAGCCUCACCUAGCCCGGGAAAACAGUCCUCCAGCGGGGAGCGCAAAGCCAAGAAAGAAUCGAAGGAUAAAGACAAAUGUGUUAUUUUGUAACAUACAGCGUGUCCGUGUGAGUGUGCGUGUUUUGUGCAUUUGCUUAUCUGUGAGGAAGGGGGACAGCAUUUGUUUCUCCACGGACCGGACACGGCGGCGCGCAGCCCCCACCUGAUGACAAACAAGGGAAAGUGACGUUUGAGGAGAGGCGCGGCAAGACCAACGGAGGACUCACUGUUCCCAAACCACUGGUGCCUGCUAUCCUCUAUCCUCAGUGGAACCUGGACAACAGAGGCAGGGACACUACAACGACAACUACCCCGUAUCUUUCAUAGAGUCGGCCAAACUUUGUUACAAGUUGCACAGUGCACUAUAUUUGUGAUGUGGGGUCAAGUUUAUUCGGGGUGGUAUGUUUUAUAGCAAAAGACACAAUCUGAAGAAACAAAAUGUCAACCUCUCACCGCGUUCUUUUCCAAAAAAAAAGGAGAAACCAUUCAUUUCAUUCAUUUGUCAUUAUUGCAGCUUAUAAGCUUUUUUUGUACGUAUCAAUAUUUGCAAAACGUAUAUAGACGGAGCUACUUCUCUGGUUUUAGUUGAGAUUCACGUUUUAUUUAUGCUUUUUUUGUCAGAGGUAGCUUUUGGGAGAGCUUUUAUUUUUUUGUGUAAGCUGAGAGGGAUUUUCUCAUAAUAUUGCCGGUUGGAAAUCAAUGUAACACUAUUUGUGUCCCCUCUGAAACACUAUGUACUUAAGGGUUAAUUAAUGCCAGAUAGCUGCCAGAUACUGUAGCUACCUAACAAUACUCAUCACAGCUUGCCCUGUUCAGAUUUGCCUUACUGGAGUAUGGCAGUGGUGUAUUCUGCUCUGUCUGAAUGUGAAUGUGUGUUUGUUUUCAUGUGUAUGGUUUGUACAGUACACGUGUGCUAUGUGGUAUAAUGGUGCGUGGUAUACCUGUCUCAUUUGCUGAGCGUCACUGAUGUAACAGUUUUCAAUUUGGAAAUAGCCAAAAGUUUAGUUGAGAUACAAAUUUGGGACAUUUAACGUCUUUUAUGUUGUGCUUCAGCCUCACAAAAAAUACAUUUGGGAUAGUUAAAACCACAAAUACUGUGUUUAACUGAGGAACUCUUGUGUGAAUCCGAUGUUUCCGUGUGAGGCACAGCUAGCUUUGGCAGAUUAGAUUCUAUUAGAUGGCAUCCAGGUUAGAUAGUGUGGUAGUCCUGCAAGGCCCCUUUUCUUUCUCGCAGUCUCUUCUGGCAGCUUCCUGAAGAGAUGCAGUGUGCGUGCAGGCACCAUCAUGAACUCCUCCAUCAGCUUCUGGAUGAAGAAGUUCCACUGCAGCCAGGUUUUGAAAAGAAAUACCACAGAAUUCAGCCAUUUGCCUGUCAGAUUCCCCCCCAGCCAGGAAAGCUCAGUUAAUAUUUGUGAACGUGUGCUGUUGUUUCCCCACACACCUGAUGUACAGCAGGAGCUGAGCUGUCUUUGCAGGCACAGGAUAUACAUUCUGAACACAGCAGUUCUGUGGUAUCACCUUUUGACUUGUGUGCAUUUCACUGCAGCAUUGAGCGUGCAAACACACGAUGUACAUACUUACCUAAUGCAUUCUCCCAAUGGAUUUAGCUAGUGCUUUGUGCCAUUAUUGUACCAUGGGACUGCCUCCUGAGAAACUUUUCUAUCUAUACAUUCCAAUUGGAUGCCUUGACUCAAGCCUUCUGUUACAGACUGAGGGAGACAGUUGUCCGUGGAGGUCUUUUGCAGUGCUUAUAAAGCGGCCUCCGUUAUUCAGCGUCAGGAGGACUGUUACAUGGAGGCAGCCGGCUACCUACCGUGUGGGAGCCCUUUCACAUGGGCUCCAUGGAGUGUGAGCUCCCUGUUCGUUUGGCCCUAACAAGGCUAUGUUUUGUAUAUAUACAUAACGCCUUACAACAUUUAAGCAUAAUUUCAAGGAUAAAAGGAAACAGGCGUGUUACCAGAAUGAGACAAUCCAUGCGUUUUUUUUUCACAUGAACAUCAGAAACACUCUCAGGCCUUUUCUGAAGGGACGCGUCCUCGAGUGUCUUUCUACGUCUCGGCGCAGCUCCUCGGCCUGCAGUCGCUUUCUCAGUCACAACUUCAAGUGUCUGUGUAUGUACACAUACAGCAACUAUUUUGACACUUUGAAGGACUUAACACUAUAUUAUUUAAGAUCCUCAUUGUUGAACUUCAUACUAAAAAAAACAACAAUGAAUUAAGCUGCUCGUUAUGUUAACUUGGACUACCUGAUUAAAAGAUAAAAAACCUCCUUGCACAGGGUUGAGGAAUAUUGUUAAUUCUGUACACUUUUCAUUGACCUUUUAGCAGUUUUUUUCCCCAUGCAGCUUAAAAAAUAACCCAUAAUCAUAGGGUGAAAGCAAGAUGGUAGAAGGGAGGCGUUCUGUGU